ACUGAAGGGGUGCAUGCAAUAUGGAUGGAGAGAAACAAAAGGCAAUUUCAGAAAGUGUCAAACACUGUGGAAGCAAUAGCAAAGGAAGUGGCAAUCACCUGCAGCAUCAAAGCAACACCAGUCAUUAACAGUGUUAGGAGAUCAGAGUCAGACCAAAAGAGUGUCUCUUCCCUUUUAAAGCUCAAGUCAGCAUAUAAUGUUACUUCAAGUAAAGGUUUAUCGGGAUACUGUACAAGUUUCUCUUCUCUUUUCCACAGCCGACAACAAUUGAUUGAAUCCAGAUUGUACCCGCUUACACCAAGAACAUCAAGAAUUUCACAACUUUUCUCUUUCUAGCAAGCUUGGCAAUGUAAUAAUAUAACUUUGUUCCGCACAAUAUGAAGCAUAUUAUGUUAUGAGUAAUAUUUAACUUGAUGGUA